AUGUCUGGUAACUUAUGGGAUUACUACAGCUCAAACACUACGGAUCAAUCAAAAAUACAUGACAACAACUUCCUUGAUGUCCUAAGCCCUGAGUUUCUUAGUUCAUUGAAAACAUAUGGGUUGCCUAACCAUCACAUUAAGUUAAAUAUUGGAACACCAAUUAUGCUUAUGAUGGACAUCGAUCAAUCUGAAGGUUUGUGUAAUGGCACAAGGCUAAUCGUAACAAAGAUGGGCAAUCAUGUUAUUGAAGCAGCAAUCAUGGCUGGAAAAGUAAAUGGAAAGUUGAUUUACAUUCCCCGAAUGGACAUGUCCCCUUCGUAA